AUGGAGCCUUCUUCUUUUAACGAAACCACACCUACAAGCACACAACCUGGCCUACGAAAAGCACGCUCUACUUCGACAUUGAGGAAAAGACCAAAGCGUAUAUCGCUUCUAGUAAAAAGAUUUGUCACUGAGUGUAACUCCAUUCUAACGAAACUCAAGUCCUUGUCAGAUACCGUGUUAACUGAAGACGAAGACGUUGCAGACUUAUUUCAAGUUACAGACGCAGAAUUUUUUCUCCACAAGCAGGGCAGUGGAGGUUUGACUAAGGCAGAACGACAGUUUCUUUCUGAUUACAAAAACCACAAGUCUCUAGACGCUAUUGUUAUGCAUUACCAGAAGAUCGAGUCCGCAGAAACAAACUCCAGCGUUGAGGAUCUGGGCAAGAUGACAUAUAAAGAUUUGGAUGUCACCAGGCUUCGGCAAAAAAUGGAAACAAAGGACAAUCUGGCUCAACUUGCCUCUGAUCUUUCUACUGAAAGCUCACAGGAGCCGGAUGACCUCAAAAACCAGAAUGUGGGUGAAUUCCUAUGGGAUUACCGUCGCACUUUAUGGCUCGAACAUGAUAAAGAUAGUGUGGAAGAGAAGCUUCAAAAUAGUGACACGCAUGUUGCAAUGGAAAAUAUCCCGCCAAGCUCCUAUUCGAAAAUAUACAUGAACUUUAUUGAGAAGUCCAAACCCUUGAAAGACGGGAAACGAUUCAAAUUGAAAGAUCUUAUUGACAUCAUUAAUGCGGGGUGGGUUCAUGACCAGCGAUGGGAACGUGCAGCAAAGGGACUAGCAUAA